AUGACGCCGAAUAGUCUCAUCAACAACUCAUUGCAUCUCCAUGGCCCUUCACCACAGAUCUCGUCUAAAAAACACGACGCCACUAUGACGCGUGAAAGUCUUAUCAAAGACUCACCACAACGUAUGAUCAGGAAAGGGUUUUGCGGCACAGUCUGGGCAGCCUCUGAGAAAGGCUAUGCAUUCAACAGAGAAGAUGGUGGGCCGGGUCGGUCUCUGAAGAAUGACUUUCGAAUGCACCAUCAAGUCCUCCAGGCCUUUCAAAACUUCACCAUGUCCAGCCACACAACAAACGAAACAAUCCUGAACGAAUCACCGCAAAUACGGCUUCAAAUACAGAUUCCAACCUGCUACGACUUUAUUAAGGCAACAGAUCAGGACUGGUGGUCACUGAAUCAGCAAAAGUUCCGAUCGGGGUAUACGCCAUGCAAUAUGAUCCAGUCUCAGCGCAUUCCUCCUUUUUCCGAGACCACAAGGGAACUGCUGAUUACCAACUACUGUCCGUCCAAAAUUGCUCAACAAAUACGCACCAGCGAGCCGAACAAAGACUGCUUGAUAAGGCCAUACCUAGGCCGAAGACGAACUCAAAAGCCACAUUAUGGAGACACUCGGCAUGACAUCAAACUCUAUCCAGCAGUACGCGAGGACAAUGGCCGAAACUCUCGCUAUAAUGCGUUGGAUCGGUGA